AUGACAGUCCCAAGCCACCUUGUACGUCGUAGCGCCGCUCAGCUUCUCCUCUCUCAUACUCGCAAUCUGGCCCGAUCAGCUCGAGUUGUGGCCACACCAUUCGUCACUUCAAAGAUCAACCGCUAUGCUGUCAGACACUAUGCCGUGCCAACCAACAUCCGCAUACCGGACCAGUCCGAGCUAGAUGCGUCCCUUAGCCGCAUCUUACCAUCGACCCGCUACGAUGAGGAAGCAACGACACCGAUCACGUACGAUCAAGCUUGCAGUCUAUUGUCCAAGUUGCUGGUCCAGCUGCGCACCAUUGCCGAUCUCGCGACUGUAUCUGAUCGCCAGGCCUACCAGUCCUCUGUCGACUCUGACAUCAUCGCUCAGGUUAAAGAUUGGGGCUACAACGCUGAAGAUCUCACACAACUUGCCAACACACUCCUCUCUGCAUCAGCUGAUCCGCGUCGCCAACCGCUGGCCUUCCGCCUGUUCGAGGUGGCUCAUCAGUCUGGCUCUGACGAUGCCGGCUACUACUGGGCCAGUAUGGUUUUGCAGAACACCGCGCCUCCUCCUCCUUCUGGCGAUCUCAAGGGUCGGGCUCAACAAGCUGUGAGUUUGUACCAGGAGCUGUCAGCUGCAGGUAACGCUCGUGGCUCCGUCGGUGUAGCGAGACUUCUGCUGCAACGGGUGCAAAGAGGCCAGGUUGACAAGUCCCAGUGGCCCUCACUGAUCGAUCAAGCCGUCAAGCUAUAUACGCAGGCCGGUGAGAAGGGGUUGCCAGAGGCUUGGUAUGAUCUGGCUUCGUUGUUCCAAGAAUCGCGCUUCAAUCCACCAGAUCAGGAGCGUGCGCUCAAGUAUCUUGGCAAGGGAGCCCAACUUGGGCAUUCCGGUUGCCUGUUUGCUCUCGGUAUGCAUCACCUGCUGGACGACCACAAAGGGAACAAAUCGGAGGCCUUCCGACUCUUCAAGCAGGCCGCCGAGCAGGGUGAUGCACAGAGCAUGUUCCAGGUUGGCUCCUUCUACUUCCUGGAUCGAGACAAGAUGGCACAGCAUCCCGACGUGAUGGCGGGUGAUAAGACAAUGAAGCAAGCACACAAGGAUACGUUUGGCGUCGAAGCCGACGACGACGAGGCAAGAUUCUGGCUCGAACAGUCAGCGCAGUCCGACUAUCCGCCCAGCAUUCUGCAGCUUGCGACCUUACUCAGCCAGCAUCGAGGUCUUCACCCGGGAUCUCACAAAGAGCGAGGCCUGCGUGCUGUUGAUAAAGCACAAGCCGACCAACUGUCAUAUGCGCUCCUGGCCAAGUUGCUUGCCAUCCUCAAGACUUCGGGCAACCUUCCAUCGCUUCCAUCGCAAAAGGGUCAGUGGUCCAACAGUCAAUUUAACGCGCUCAUUCCUCAAGCACAGGCGAUGUACGAGAAACUCGAAAAGAAGCUGAGCGACUCGAGCGACAAGGACCAGUGA